AUGGCGUCCCUGGACACUCUCAAGCAAGCUCUCAGGAAAAAGGCCACAGCAAUAGCACCGGCGUCCCCAAAGCAGCCUUUAUUUGACACACAGUACAGCACUGGCUUUGAAAUCCUAACACAAGGCGAAGGAUGGACAACAUACCGAGACUUUAUUAUCCCCCAGCUAGCCGAGUUGCUUUCUCCCUUGUUCGACUCGCGUGAUAGUGUAUCGGUGUUGGAGAUUGGGCCGGGUCCGAAGAGCGUGCUGGGAUAUCUAUCCCAGACUUUACGACAGAAGAUCACGAAAUAUGCUGCAUUGGAGCCGAAUACCUUGUUUGCUGCAAGGCUGGAAAAAUCGCUCUUGUCAUCUUCAGAGGACGCCGAGGCCGUGCUACCCUGCGCCAAACGCCCGUCAAAUGUCAACGUCUACCGCGCCCCGUUCGUUCUUGACGGAAAUACAGCACAUACCGGCAUUGGCCAGGACAGGUUCGACAUCAUCCUUUUCUGCCACAGCAUGUACGGCAUGAAACCCAAAGCGGGCUUCGUCAAGCGGGCGUUGGGAAUGCUUGUUGAGCGGCCUGGGGGUGCAAUGGUGGUGGUUUUCCAUCGCGCUGGCUCCCUGCGUCUGGAUGCUUUGGUGUGCCAGCGAACGGCUUCCUUUCCUACGGGACUUGUUAGCGUGCUUGAUAACGACGAGGACCUUGACAGUUUUGCCUGUUUCAUCGCGGGGUUUGCCGUGCAAGAUUUUGGAGUGGAUGAGAUUCUUCGAGCGGAAUGGCGGAAGGUGUGCCGUGCGUUGGGUCGGCUAGAGGCCACAGGAACACAUGCAGGUCAUCUCUUAUUCAGUGCUCCUGAGGCUAUGGUGGCUUUCACCCAACAUGCCAUAGCACUACCAGAGCUAACCUCCAAGGUGUCAUUGCUGGAAGGCGACAAAGCGAUUAAGAAUAGGGAGGCUUCCCGCUGCCAUCCCGCCGCGAUUGUGAGGCCGAAGGAGAUACGGCACGUCCAGGAGUGUGUGAGGUGGGCUUUGAAGCACGGGGUCAGCCUGACGGUCAUUGGCGGAGGCCACAGCGGUCACUGUGUGGUGCCGAACGUUGUCUCGAUUGACAUGGGCGCUUUUGACGGAGUACAUAUCAUCACGGCUAAGAAAGACAAACAAGAACAAGACGCUGGGUCAGAUGGUCGCUUGGUCGUUGUGGAAGCCGGGUGCAAGACGGGGGACAUCAUCCGCAAGACCAUGGAGGCGGGCGUGACUGUACCCUUGGGCUCGCGACCGAGCGUUGGCGCAGGGCUGUGGCUACAAGGCGGCAUCGGGCAUCUGGCCAGGCUUUACGGACUUGCAUGCGAUAGUAUCAUUGGCGCUGUUGUUGUCAGCGUUGCAACCAGCCAGGUCCUCUGUGUUGGACGUGUGCCCAGUCAGCACUGCCCAGCUGGUGCCAUACGCCCGGACAACGAAACCGAUUUACUGUGGGCAAUCAAAGGCACCGGGACGAACGUUGGUAUAGUGAUCAGUGUGACUUUCAAGACCCAUAUGGCUCCGACCUUCUUGACUCGGCGUUGGGUACUCCCGUUCAACAAUACGCACGAAGCUCAAACCAAGCUUUCCGAUUUUGAUCGUUUUGUUGCGCGCAGCCUCCCUCGCCAUUGUUCUGCGGACGCAUAUCUAUACUGCGAGAACGGCCAACUGCAUCUUGGCGUCAGCACCUUUGAAUGUUCCAUCCCCGGAACCGUUCUCACACCUACUACUGCCCCUGAGUUCAGGUGCCUGGGCCCUGAAAAUGACUCCAAGGCCGUGGACGGUCCCGGCCUGUUCGAAUCUGAAAUGUACAUUUCCAGCAUGCACGGCGGGCACAGCGGCGGCAAGACCUCCUCCUUCAAGCGCUGUGUAUUCCUAAAACAUAUUGCAGACCCGAGCAUCGCUAGCAUCCUGACCGCAGCUGUUGAUGCCGCUCCCUCAAAGCUCUCUUACGUCCAUCUUUUGCAAGGCGGCGAAGCAGUCCGUGAUGCCGCACCUGAUGCUGCUGCUUUUUCCUGUCGAGAUUGGGACUUCGCCUGCGUGAUUACCGGAGUAUGGCCGCGCAGCCAGGACGGAACCGAGAUCGCCCAAGCGGCCGUGCAAUGGGUUUACAACGUUGCCCGAGACCUGUUGCCCUUGAGCAGCGGGGUAUACGGCGCAGACCUCGGGCCUGACCCUAGAGACACGCCGCUGGCCGCGCGGGCCUUUGGGCCGAGCCUGCCUCGCCUGGCGUACCUCAAGCGCAAGUUUGACCCGCAUAACGUGUUGGCUUAUGCAUUUCCGCUCCAGAAAUCUCCGAGACAAAAGCUUAUCGUUCUAGUCACGGGUCAAAGUGGUGUUGGCAAGGACUAUUGCGCGGACAUCUGGGUCUCCGCAUUUAGGCUGAAGGGUAUAAGCGCAAGAUCAAUCAGCAUAAGCGAUGUCACGAAACGUGAAUAUGCAACAGCUACCGGGGCCGACUUGAACAAACUACUUCGGGACCGGGCUUAUAAAGAGGAGCAUAGGCCGGCACUGACUGCAUUUUUCCAGAACCAGGUGCGGCAUCGCCCUCGACUGCCGGAGGACCAUUUUCUGAAGGUUGCGUUCGACGCAGCGGAAGUGGAUGUCCUAAUCAUAACCGGGAUGCGGGAUGAAGCGCCGGUUGCGUCUCUCUCCCACUGGGUCUCGGACAGUAGACUACUCGAGAUUCAAGUUACUACUGCCGAGGAAACGCGGCGGGCUCGUCGAGGCUACAAUGGAGCUGGAGAUGACAAGGCUGGAAAUGGCAACAUUGCCGGUAAGCUGGAGGCCUAUCAACCCAGUCUCACCUUCCACAAUGCCACCGAUGGACCCGAGGCCGCAAUGGCCUUCGCCAAAGACUCCCUCAUCCCCUUCUUCCACCCGGAUCUCCAACGCCUAGCGAGCAUGGCCCGCCGCAUCCCCAACUUCCCAAGGCCAGGCAUCGAUUUCGCCCACGUGUUGAACAUAGCCCAGCACCCAGGCGGACUAGCCCUAUGUGCAUCGGCCCUGCAAUCCCAUUUCACCGGCGACUGGGCCACGAUCGAUAUUAUCGCAUGCUGCCAGGUCGGCGGGUUGAUCUUCGCAGCUGCUUUAUCCCAGCUGGUUAAUGUUCCGCUGGCGCUGAUCCGCGAGGCAGGCAAACUUCCUCCGCCCGUUGUCUCGGUGCCAAAGCCAACAUCGCAUAUUUCGAUCUCGUCAAUGCCUAGCCAUCCAAAGGAUGAGAGGAGACUUGAGCUUGAGAUGGAAAGCGAUUUGAUACCUCGCGGUGGCGCGGUCGUGGUGGUGGACGAUGUCCUUGCCACGGGCGAGACGCUUUGUGCUGUCUUGCAGCUGCUAAAGGAGUCUGGGGUUGAUGCAGGGAGUGUCAGCGUCUUGGUUGUCGCUGAGUUUCCUGUUCAUCGGGGCCGGGCACUGUUGCGUCGGCGGGGCUUUGGGAGGGUCAAGAUACAGAGUCUUUUGGUUUUGGGGGGUGCUUAA